AUUCAGCUUCCGUCAUCCGCCUCAGCAGGCGCUGAAGGUUCCAGAAGCCCUAGCCUUUGCUUCCUCAUCCAGAAAAUCCAUCCCUUUUCAGACGCUCCCAGAGCCGUCUGUCAACUCAGACGUUGCCGUUCCCGCAGGCUCCGCGAUGCGCUACCUUGUGACGUCACCGAGAGAGGAGGCGGGCUCUUCCCUGCCACCAGAAGUUGUCCUCUUUUCUGAUUGGUCACUGGAAGGCGUCUAUCAAGACGCGUUGCCUUUCCCGUGCGCGCUGAGUGUGGCGUCCUUGUGGUUUGCGAGACCGAGGCUCCUAUAGGGUUCGCAGCUCGCCCGCCCCUUCCAUCGGGGACUUGGAUUCCGCUUGCCCCAGGCGGGCGGCUGUCGAAUCCGGAGGAGGAGCUCAAGGACGGCGUCUGGGGUUGCGCAGGUGGGAAGAUGGCGGCAGCCUCGGUCUCGGCGGCUUCUGAUUCUCAGUUUUCGAGCGUCCUAGCUGAACCAUCAAGGUCUAAUGGAAAUAUGGUUCGUCAUUCUUCGUCUCCAUAUGUAUUGUAUCCACCUGAUAAGCCUUUCCUUAACAGUGAUCUGAGACGCUCCCCAAAUAAGCCCACAUUUGCCUAUCCGGAAAGCAACAGCAGAGAAUCUUCAAGAUAAGAUUCGACGCCUGGAACUGGAAAGGAUUCAGGCAGAAGAAAGUGUGAAAACCUUGUCUAGGGAAACCAUUGAGUACAAGAAAGUAUUGGAUGAACAGAUCCAAGAGAGGGAGAACUCAAAGAAUGAAGAAUCAAAGCACAAUCAAGAACUGGCAUCCCAGUUGGUAGCUGCAGAAAAUAAAUGUAAUCUUCUAGAAAAACAAUUGGAAUACAUGCGAAAUAUGAUAAAGCAUGCAGAAAUGGAGAGGACAUCUGUGUUAGAAAAGCAGGUUUCUCUAGAAAGAGAACGGCAGCAUGAUCAAACCCAUGUUCAGAGCCAGCUGGAAAAACUGGAUCUUCUUGAACAGGAAUACAACAAACUCACCGCCAUGCAGGCCCUUGCAGAAAAAAAGAUGCAGGAGUUGGAGUCCAAACUCCGUGAAGAAGAGCAGGAAAGGAAGCGGAUGCAGGCCCGGGCAGCAGAGUUACAGAGUGGUCUAGAAGCAAAUAGACUUAUUUUUGAAGAUAAGACUACUUCAUGUGUUUCAACCAGCACUAGAAAAAUAAAAAAAAAGAAGUCAAAACCACCAGAAAAGAAAGGUUCUAGGACCUAUUUUGGUGCACAGCCACAUUACAGAUUGUGCUUAGGUGAUAUGCCUUUUGUUGCUGGAACGUCCACCAGUCCCAGCCAUGCCGUGGUAGCCAAUGUUCAGCAUGUCUUGCAUCUGAUGAAACACCACAGUAAAGCCCUGUGCAAUGAUCGAGUUGUUAACAGUGUUCCCUUGGCAAAGCAAGCUUGCUCACGAGUUAGUAAGAGUAAGAAGUCAGUGGUGCCUCCUUCCAGCAGUGUUAAUGAAGAACUUUCGGAUGUCUUGCAGACUUUACAGGAUGAAUUUGGGCAAAUGAGCUUUGAUCAUCAGCAGCUUACUAAACUCAUACAGGAAUCACCAACUGUGGAACUAAAAGACAACCUGGAGUGUGAAUUGGAGGCAUUAGUGGGAAGAAUGGAAGCGAAGGCCAAUCAGAUAACUAAAGUUCGAAAAUACCAAGCCCAGCUGGAGAAACAAAACAUAGAUAAGCAGAAGAAGGAAUUAAAAGCUAACAAAAAGACUCUUGAUGAAGAAGGGAACAGCAGCGGUCGUUCAUCUGGAGUCCCAAGGACCGCAAGUAAGAAGGAUCUGGCCAAACAGAGACCUGGAGAAAAAAGCAGGAAAAAUCUUCAGUUACUGAAGGACAUGCAGACCAUACAGAAUUCACUGCAGAGCAGUAAUCUGUGUUGGGAUUACUGACACCAGGUCAUAAAUGAUGUACCUCACUGGUCAUAAACGAUGUACGUACUGGACAUGAGCAGACUUUCCAGGUCUCAUGCUUGCUAAGCUGCCAUUACUGGCAGGUGUUAGGGGCCAAGCUUCAUUACAGUCUAUUGUGCUAUGUAGCACAACUGAUGGAGAUGGAGUUCUGCGGCAGAGAAGCCUCACUGUCUUUGAAUUUGCUGUACUCAUUCACUGCACUUUGUAAACAAAUGACCAGUUUUUUACUCAUGGGUGUGUUUUUUAAACUAGGUAUAUAUGUAAAUUGGGUUUGAAAAUUCAGAAUAUGAGAUAGUCCCCAUAGUCAGUGCUUGAAGUCUUGUUUUUUAAAUCUUCCCACAGCAUGAAGUGACCACUACUCUCCCUUCUCCAGAUGACCAUUAAAUGUACUGUUUUCAAGAAGACUUUGUUUUGCUUUGGUAUUUUAGACAUUGAUCAAUCAUAAAUUCACUUAAGUCAGUUAUCCAUGAAAUAUGUCACAAUGUCUUCAGAAAAACUAUAUAAACAGUUGUUACUGAAGUAAAUGAAAUUUUGGAAUAAAGAAUGAGAACGUGGGUAUUGUAAAAUGUACACGUUUACAGUUUUUAGACAGUAUCUAUUUGUAAUCAUGUUAAGCACUGUUUAAUCUUGACUUAAGAGAAGCUCAUGCUUUUAGCAUACAGUAUGUGAAUUGAAUACACACAUCUAUCAUGCCAAUGUAAAUUAUUUAACUUUGAGUAGAUCGACAUGUUAUAAUCUUUAUAAAUUUGGUACUUCAAAUCAAUAAAGCAGUUUUUAAACUUUGCUUAACAGCCAGCUAACAAAGGCUUUAUUUGUCAUACAAACUCAAAAAGUGCAUGUUAGUAUCGUGAUUGAGGAACGAGAAUAUCUGAGGCAUGCUUGUCAUCCUUGUGCUUACAGAGACCAAGCUCAGUGUUCCUGAAUGGUUCAGACAGGCUGGGGAACAUACUAGCCAUCUACUAAGUUGAAUAGCAUGAAUUGUUUGUUACUUGGGCACCAGAAGGCCCUAUCACUUGGUGAAUUUUCUAGUUAGAAACAUAGAUUUUUAAGCUUCAUGAGUCACCUGAAAUUGUAUAUAAAUUUGUGUGUGCAGUUUUCUGAUGAGGUUUGCAGGAACAAUGACCUGACAACCGUGAGUCCAUAGUCCCCAGGAAGGUAAGAAACUGCUCUGGUGACAUGGCUCAACCACCACUUCCAACUGUUCCACUUGUGUUAAUUCCUUGGAUUUCAGGACAGUAAACUGUAUAACUGUCAUCUGAAUGAUGAUGGCUCCAACUCCUAGUUAGAAUAGUAAUUGGAGGAUAGUAACUCCUACCUGUCUCCAGCUGGAUUCCAACUGUAGGCUUUGGGUUUUGAUUCUGCUUCAGUUUCUUGUUCACUUGCAGCAGAGCUCCCUUGUAUCCUGUACAAGACGCCAGCGCGGAUCCCACGCUUCGUAAGAAAGGAGUGCUUUCCUUGAUGUCAUACUGGGGUGUGUGUGAACACCAGGAAUGCAGUUGAACUCCACAUAAGCACUUUUAGUGUGCACAUUCCACACUCAAGAUUCCUUGGAGGUCACAGAAAACAUUGCAAGGUUUUGGAGUGACAUAUUUCUCUGCCGUUUGGGUGACCGUAUGAUCAGCAUCCCUCUGAUGUCAUACCAAGAUGGUCAAAGGUUUCAGGGAAGAAAGCAGACUAGUGAGGAAAGUGAACUGUUACAGAAAUCUUACUUGAAUGCUGGGAACAUAAAUACCUCCUCAAAAAAAUUUUUAUAGCUAAGUUUACACCAACCAAAUUAUUUGGUACCAAUUCUUGUAAAUACUGGGUAUGCUGGGGUAUAUUCAAUAGUAUAGCAUUUGCCUGGCAAGUGUGAGGCUCUGGGCUCAAUAUCCAGGUAAAAUAUAUAAGCAAAAAAAAAAAAAAA